UGGGACAAAUAUUCCAAAGAUACCCUCAGUUAAGUGCAGUUUAACUCCGCCAGUAGAACCUUCGGGGCUACUGCCGGUCCCAAGCCCGAGUAAAGGAGGAGGGUUGGCCAUGGGGUUGGCGACCCCAUUCCGUCGAAAUCUAACUUGCCAAAAGAACGCUAACCAGAAGUAAGUAAGUGCAGUUUAAAAUGAAUUCUUGCUAGAAUACAUGUAGUGUGUAUCAUGAAUUUUUAAGAUUCUGAUUGUUUUGCAUGGUUCGAUUUUUGUCAAACGACCCAUGUUGCCUGCUUUCAACCAAUAAGGUGUGUUGAACACAUAUAUAGGAAGUAGGUUUGUUAUACAAUUGAUCUUGUUGAAAUGCACCUAAUCAAUUUGAGUGCUUCUAAAAUGCUAACCAAAUAACUAUGGAUGUAUGUAGAAAUAAAAUGACCAAGUACAACAUCAUUAAUGGUUGGUUUUGAUCUAUGGCGAAUAAUUUAGUAUAGAGGGUUUCACUGAAAAUUAUCGUUCAACAAGAAGUCUGUCCAAUCAUUAAUGUCCCUCUUGUUGCAUGAGCGAUCAACUGAAUAGCAAAUAGAUUCUUAUCUGUUCAACACACCUCACUGGCCGAAAGCAAGCAACUUGGGUCGUUUGAGGAAAAUUGAUCACCAGGAAUCCAUUAGAAUUCGAGAAUGAUCCACAGAAUUCUGGUAGAGUCUAGUUUGCAGAAGUGUAUGGACAGACAUGUAACUUCGUUGGCUAGACAGUUCGAGAGAAAUCUAGAACGCUUAAGAAAUGACCUUCAACCACGAAUCAGAUUUGACUUUAACCAUUCUAACAUUUUGAUUGGUCGUUGCUGUCUGGGUCUUACUAUCGCACUCUCUAUCCCUCUGCUAUAUAAACGGGUUAGAUAGUUUAUCGAUUAGUCCACUCUAUUGUUCGGUUAUUGGGAUUUAUUGUUUGCAAGCCAUGUCUAAAAGCCAGCAACAUCACGCAGUUAGUAUUCCUGUGAAUCGUGAGCAGCGGUCAUUUGAGAGACAGAGACGUGACCUGUUAAAUAGUUUGGAACACGGUGGCGGUAUCAGUCGUGGAAACUGGGUCGCACCGUACACGGAAGAUUGGCCGAGCUCAGUGGAUCACUGGGUUGAUUCCUCGUGGAGAAGAUGGGAGGAAAACAUUCGACGUUUGAGACGAGGAAUGUUUGCGCUGUUGCCGGUUGACCAUUUCGCUGAUGGAAUUUUUCAAAAUCCAUUUGCUCUAAUGAAUCAGAUGGAUCUUCAAAUCCAGGAUAUGCGAGACAGGAUGGGCUCCUUGGAUAUGCCGUCGACUGGUUCAGUGAGUGACUUCUUGAAGGACGCCUAUGAAGUAGGUGAGGAUGGCAAGGUACAUUUCAAGGUGCGAUUCGAUGCACAAGGUUUCAAUCCUGAGGACAUCCAUGUGACGUCGAGUGACAACCGUGUGACGGUGCAUGCAAAGAAGGAGACAAAGACUGACGGUGGGAAGUGUAGUCGAGAGUUCUGUCGUAUGGUGCAGCUGCCGAAAAGCAUUGAAGAUAGUCAGUUGAAAUGUCGUCUGACAGAUGACGGUGUUUUGAUGUUGGAGGCUCCAGUGAAGGUUGAUCAGCACCAGUCACUGACGCUGAACGAGUCUGGCCAGGUGGGUGUUCGGCCGAAAUCGGACCAUCAGAUUAAGGCAGUUCCUGCAUCUCAAGCUCUUGCUGUGAAAGGUACUCACGGGCUGUCGUUUGUGGAUGAUGGUUCAGGUGGCAAACGAUUGCAUGUUGAGGUUCCAGUGGACCCUGUGUACAAGCCUGAGGACUUGUGUGUGAAUGUUGAUUCGAAUCGUGUUGUAGUUAGUGGACGUCAUCAUAAACAGAAGGUUGGUCAUUCUGGGAAGUCGAGUUCAUUUGCGGAGUUCAGUCAGUCGUAUGCGAUUCCGGAGACAGUGGACCCGUUAUCUGUUACUGCCCAGGUAGUUGGCAAUACAUUGGUACUGGAGGCGCCAUUGGCGAAGCAGCAUGCAAUAACUCACUAGAAGUAAAAUAAGACGGACUUGGUGUCCGAUGAUAAUGAUGCUGACAAUUUUGAUAACGUAAAUUUUGCUUACAUGUGUGUUUUAAUUAUCAAAUUAAAUAAAGUUUGCUUACUUGUUUCAUG